AUGUGGAUGUGCUAUUUGUGUCUCCAUCUGAAGGUUUGGUCAACUCAGGCAAGACUUUUGGGUGAGGAAGUUGACCUUGCAUUUCUUGGCAGUCAAAAUAUCAUCAUCAAUGAGUGGCAAAUUGACCCCACCCUUCUCACACUCCUGGCUGAAACUUCAAGACCAAUGAACCCUCCAGUGUCAAAGAGAAAGGCUGUCUGCAUCUCAUUAGACUUAGACAAUGAAGGGGAUGCCAGCAGUGGCACCAUCAAAAAGUUACAAACAUUAGCAUUGUCUAGCACAGAAGUUCCUAGCAUAGUACCUGUGCAAGACAAUCAAUGGCAUACACAAAAACUUCCUCCCAAAUUCUCACAGGAAUGCUCAGUGCCUAUCAGCACUGCCACAAAGGAUUUCCAAGUGCUUACCAGUGCUAUUACAGAGGUACAUCAAAUCACCCUCAAUCAACAUUACACACAAAAACUUCCUCCCAAAUUCUUGCAGGAUCACCCAGUGCUUGCCAGCACUGGCAUGAACAACUCAAUGACCAUCACAGUGCUGGCGACAGAAGAGUACAACCACCAUCUCAUCAAGAAAAAGGGCCAGUCAGUCAUCCAGAAGAAGCCACAAGUGCUUCUACAUGUGCUGGGUGACAUAGAGCCCAAACUGAUGAGCAAAAUCACCAGAAAUGACUAUACCUCGCACAGAAACAGAAGAACCAGACAAAAAGGCCCCGAGAACUCACCUCUCAAUCACAAGAGGGGGUACUGCACAGAUGGUGUCAAGCAGUCCUCAAAGGCCACUGGCAAGGAACUACCUCCCUGGCCCCAGCCAUGA